GCGAGUUUGGUGUGUUGAGCUGUCUUUGGUGAUAGCCGAACAACAUUUCGUGUAAAUUUGUGCAAUGAGUUCUCGAAGGAAACUGAGUUCGAAUGGGGGAAACUCAUCUGCAUGGAUUGGACCCAAAGGAAAAUCUCGUCGUGGUAAAACAUAUUACGAGGCACUAAGAAUUGAGAAUGAGGUGAUGGCAAUCGGUGAUUACGUAUUCAUCGACAGUGAGGAAGAUGAACUGAGUUUUGUUGCACAGGUCGUUGACCUCUUUAACAAUGAUCUAGCCGAUCCAGAGGCGGAUGACAAUCGUCGCGCCAUUGUGCAGUGGUACAUGCGUCCGAAUGAGUUAAGAGAACGAGUCCGCGAUGCGCGCACCCUACCAGAAGACUUGGAUCCCGCCAGCACGACUGAGGUGAUUUUAUUUGAUUCUAAAUCUGACCGAAUCACCGAGAAAGAGAUCGAUGCUGAGACCAUCAUCGGCAAGUGUAAGAUUGUCAAAGUAGCAUCAGAUGCCCCACUUCCAAAGCAGACCUCUGAUGAGGGUCUUCCGGUGCUCUACGUCCGAUGGUCAUUUGACGGCCAUUCCUGUAAGCCAGUGAUCAACACCAGGAGAGACAUUGGUGUGGCCCCUGGCAAGACCCCUAGCAAGACCCCUGGCAAGACACACGCCAAGACCCCUGCCAAGAUCUCUGCCAAGACCCACGUCAAGACCCCUGCCAAGACCCCAGCCAAAACACCAAAUAAGAAAAAAAAGAUCAAAGAGCUGGACAGUUCUAAAGUCAACGGGGUUGUGAAGUCACACAAGACGCCUAAAAGCAAAGAACAUUCUAAACCAAAAACCCCUAAAAAUGAAAACAAGUCCCCUUGCCCACGCUUGAAUUUCUCCGACGUAGAUGUUCUUGACGAGAUCUUCAGCAGCGACGAAGGGAGUGAUCAAGUUGAACUAAUUGACCUCCCCAAAAGAACACCCCUGCAAAAGAGGCAGGCCAAUAAAAACACUCCGAGCGCUCUGUCGAUCAAGAAGACACGCUUCACUGACUUAGAUAUUUUUCUCCCGAGUCUCAACGUAAGAAAGUUGAACAUUUCCAAUUCUCCGAUAAAGGGGCAUUCUUACACUGAUCUGAAGUCGCUCUCAGAGGUUAAGAAGGAACCUGUCGAUGGACUUCACCAGAAAUUCAGUCAGUCUGACCUCAAUGUGAUUCCAAGGAGAAGGGAUGGACGCUGCCAGUCUGAGAUCAAAAGCAAGAGCCACAGUAAGAGAGAAAGUGAGCCGGCUGCCUGUAGGACUCCGAACGAUGGACUGCUGCGAGGUAGGAAGGUGCCUGCAAGUAAGAAAAUUGUGUUUGAUGAGGAUAAAGACGGGCUGCUUAGGGGGAGGGAGAGUAAAAAAACGAUGCUUGAAGUUGUUUUCUGUGGGGAUGAUGAUGUUGAAGACUUUGUAAGCGAUAAGAAUGAAAGGAAACAGAAGCAGAAGAAGGUGGGUGGUGACUCAAAGCAGAAGUCUGCAAAGCGGAAGUCUCUUCCAGCCAAGAGGAUAGCUCUAGAUGAGGACAGCGAGGAGGAAGUGAAACCUAAGCAAGGAAGGCCUAAGAAAGCCACGAUGGGAUGUCGAAAAGAUGAAAGUGACGAUGAGGGAGACAGUGAUGUGGAAGAUGUGAGGACAACAGUACGACAAAGCAAGAACCAGAGAACUCAUCGGCGGAAGUCUGUUCCAGCAAGUAGGGUAAGUCUUGAAGAUGAGGAUGUCGAGACGGGGGCACAACGGAAGAGAGGAAGACCAAGAUCAGUUAAGAAGACCUCCAAGAAGGAAGAAAGUGAUGAUGGAGAUGAUAGUGAGUUCGAAGAGCUGUCCAGCGAUGAAGAAAUCAUCAUCAAAAGGAGAAAAACUCCUGCGAAGAAAUCAAAGAAGAGUGCAGCACCAAAGACGCCUCUCUCUAAAAAGGUACAGAGCAAGAGUAAAACACCAAGGAAAGAGGCCAUACCACACAUCACAGAGCGGAAAACACCAUGUAAAACACCUGCUAAAGUACUGGAACAUGCCAGGGCACGAUUGCACGUUUCAGCCGUACCUGAUUCUCUUCCUUGUCGUGAGCACGAGUUUGCCGACAUUUACACGUUCGUCAAAAGUAAAAUCCUAGACGGCACUGGAGGGUGCAUGUACAUCUCAGGUGUGCCGGGUACCGGGAAGACGGCGACGGUAACCGAGGUGAUGUCAUUCCUUAGGAGGGAAGAGGAAGAAGACGAGGAAAUCCCAGAAUUCACCUUGAUUGAGAUCAACGGAAUGAAGUUAACGGAGCCUCAUCAGGCAUUUGUGCAGAUCCUCAAGAACCUGACUGGUCAGAAGGCGACACCCGAGCAUGCAUCUCAACUGCUGGAGAAAUACUUCACAACAGCUUCAGGGAGGAAGACACCUGUUGUACUCCUCGUGGACGAGUUGGAUCUGUUGUGGACACGUAAGCAAGGUGUAUUAUACAGCCUUUUUGAUUGGCCAAGUCGACCCAAAGCACGCCUGAUUGUCCUAGCCAUCGCUAAUACUAUGGAUCUACCAGAGAGGAUCAUGAUGAAUAGAGUGUCUAGCAGACUGGGUUUAACUCGGAUGACCUUCCAGCCGUACACCUUUAAGCAGCUCCAGAGCAUUGUGCAAAGUCGUCUGGAGGGACUGAGGGCAUUUGAACCCGACGCAAUCCAACUUGCUGCAAGGAAGGUUGCAGCUGUUUCAGGAGAUGCCAGGAGAGCGUUAGACAUCUGCCGACGUGCAACAGAGCUUGCUGAAGCAGCCAAACCAACAGGGAAAGGGAAGGGACCACUGGUGGGGAUGAAACAUGUCGAUACUGCUUUAACAGAGAUGUUCAGCUCACCAAAGAUCAUUGCUAUAAGGCAAGCCUCAAGACAUGAGCAGAUCUUCUUAAGAGCCAUCACAACAGAAUUCAAGAUGUCAGGCCUGGAGGAAGCCGCAUUUGAAAAGGUUCUUGUACAGCAUAUAUCCAUCUGCAGACUUGAAGGUCUUCAUCCACCAGUAGUUUCCGAGGUGUCAGCUGUUUGUAGCAGGUUGGCGUCAUGUCGCCUCAUCCUCCUGGAGUCUGGUACCAAUGAACUGAAGCAACGCAUACGACUUAACAUUAGUCAGGAUGACGUGGGAUAUGCAUUAAAGGAACAUGGUGAAUGAAGAUGGAUACUAGACGAUGGAGAGUUUCCGGUAAAUAUAUUUAAACAAAUAUUGACUGUUUGAAAAAUGCCCAGGCAGGCCCGAUACUUAACGGAAGCAACAAAGGCGAUUGCCUCCAUGCCCCCUGGUUAUUGCCUUGGGUGCCCUUGAAAUGAUCCAGUUGAAGUUUACAAUUUACUCUCAGGGUGCAGGGUGCCCUUUACAAACGAGAAAAUGCCUUGGUGCCCUUGCUUCCGAAAACAAAUCAUACAGGCCUGCCAGGGCGUGAUCCUUGGCAUGUUCUAGAAGCCAAGUGAAACUAGAACGCUCCGGGGAUCAAGGAAGGAGUCCCAAGUUUUAACCAUAGCACAAGUAAAAUCAGUCGAUAUUUGUUUCAUAUUACCCAAUACAAAUUGUACCUCGACAUCCACAUUUUAGUGUCAAAGACUUUGCACAAAUUUCUGAGCAGGGAUCAGAAUUUACACUGGACCACAGGCCCAAGGUUUGUGUGUCGGGCCAGUCAACUCAUGACCAAUCUUGAUCCGGUUGUCUUGUGUUUUUCUGUUUUCAACAUUUUUUUCUGAUUUCCAAUUUUUGACUUUGAGUCCGAUAAGAAUCUGUAAAUUCUGUUGAGUAUUAAAGACUACUUUCAAAUGAGAUCGGACUUCUCAGUUAAAACAAAAAAACAAAGUUUUUUUGGUUUUGGUCUUUUCAUUCUCAUUCUGAGUCGUGAAAAUAAUUCUGGUCUAGUAAAUUUAAUAUUAUGAGUGGUCCGGUAAAAGUUGUGAGCGACAAAUCCUGAUUUUUCCCACAGAUUUGUGCCUAAUCGAGUAAAAACAGAAUAUGCAAAAUAUUUUCAAUUGAAUUAAUCUCCGAAAACAGAUGAAUAUUAUAUUUUUACUUUUCCUAUGAACUUUUUUGUACUGGUGUUUCAAACAUUUUGAUAUAUAAAACAUAAAGUAUUAUUCUUGAUUUUUGUUGCUGUUAAACAGAUUUAAAAAUUGUACUUAAAAUGUCUUGGUCGGUUUAUUUGUAUCCCCCCCCCCCCCCCAGUUUGUUUUUAUUCUAUAGGUAACAUAUUUUGCAUUUUGAGAGAACACAACUUCCAAAUUUGGAUUUAUAAAAAUGUAAUCUUAGUAACCAGUUAGAUUUGUCCGACUAUGCUGUACAUGUGAUCAUACCAACAUUAUCAGAGUCUUAAAAGUCUGGUGUUGGUUUUUGUUAGAGUGAGAGAAAAAAAGAAUCCUAAUAAAUCACACAGAUAAUAAUAACAACAAUCAUAAAGUCACAAGAAAGUAUUAAGAAAGGCUUUAAUUUAGUUAGCAUAGUAUUUUAAUUUGUAUUUACUGUGUAAAAGUAUAAAAUUUUAAUAAAUUUCUAUAAAAUAUA